GUCAGCUGACGUCGAGGCUGGCAGCGCUUUGUCUACCGUGGAUUGUCCACUGAUUUGCAAUAGGCCUUUUUCCCUGAUUUUCGGAGCCUUUAGCUUCGCAUCCGAUGUUGAGAAGGUACCCGACACUCUUAUGAAGCCGUGAGUGACGUGCAUAAUGGAAAACAACACGAAAAUCGGAUUCCCCCACCCGGAUCUCGCGGGAACUCCCAGAGUCGCUCCGGCCGUCUUCGACUGGGACAUGACGCGCUACGCUGGAGUCGCCGCCGGAUGCGUGUGCGCUCUUUUCGUUGUCGCGUUUCUGUACUCGUGCGUUAUUUACCGAAGGCGUCGACGAAAAGCUAAAGUGAGGAGACACGUCAACAUGAUGCAGGCCGGUGACGCUGCACUCCACACGCCAAUAGGACCCGCUUGGACGACGGAUUUGGCAUCUCAAGUUUCGCAUAGCGCGAAUGGGGCUCAACAGAUAUUCCCCCAACUUGUCUCGUCCCGUCCUCGACAACCAUCGGUGGAUGGUGCCUUCGCGAGUUCGGGGAUAACUCUGAAAGCUGAAGUUCUGGAUUCCUCAUACUACAACGGUACCAUCAAGAAGAAGACGAGGAUGAACAAAGACUUGGCUCAGGCUAUCGCAGCCUUCGGGCUCCCUCGUGGAGGGUUUGGAUCGCUCCGGAAAUCGAAUCGCGACGACGAAGACCGUUUGGGACUCCCCGACAACAUGGAAGUUGUCUAUCAAGAGAGAACAGCCGUGUGAUUUACGUCUCAUCCGCAUAAUCCAAUGCUUGUGACAUUUUCUUCUAUUCCCUCCCCAGCAGUUCCGUCGGAUGUCUCCGGCCGCUUCUGGAAAUAUUCUGAAGCUCGGACACACUCCUCAUUUAGAGCUCGGAGAUGGGUGCCUAUUGUUUUAGUGAGUUCUUGUAUUUUGAUCACUCAUCAUGGAUAUAGGAAACCCAGAAGGGUCUGAUCAGGAGACCAUGCAACAGCUUUGCAUGCUCCUUAGGAUAUGACAAUUGGGUCGACGAUAAUUUAGAACGCCCUCGAGCUUAGGCCGUGGGGUAUUAUGCAAGAACCGUCACCAGUGACGUUCGAGCGUCGAAUGUUAUGGAGAGAGAUAUCCGUAUCGAAUGGAUACAAUGUUGAGUGUGAACAAAGACAAAGCGCCGGUUCCCUCGGCAUUCCUUAAAUAAUUCCUGUUUCCACGAAAAUAUACAGUUUUUGUUGAAGUUGUUCGGAUCUUGCGAACUGCAGCUCCCUCGACCAUGUAAAUAAAUGUUUUUGAGGAGUCGAUCUUAAAGUAA